GCGAAACCGGAAGGGAUAUUUAAUCGAUGCUUAGGUAGAUUCGCUGCACAGUGGUCAUUAGGUGCACGUAACGGGCGAAACUUCGCGGCAGAAUGUCUCUCGAUCAGAGAUUCGAGCAAGCGUGCGAGGACGUGAAGAACCUCAGCAAGCGACCCACGGACACCGAACUUUUGGAGCUUUAUGCCUUCUUUAAGCAGGCAACGGAGGGCGACAUUAACACCGCGAGGCCCGGGAUGCUGGACCUGAAGGGAAAAGCGAAGUGGGACACGUGGAAGACCAAGGAGGGUAUGUCCAAGGACAGCGCGAAAGAAGCGUACAUAAAACUGGUUGAGAAAAUAGUGCAGUCCUACAAAUAAUAAGUUCAGCCAAUUAAUUCACGCUUUAUUCACCGGUUCCUUGUACUACUUCGUGAUGGAAAUGUUGAAAUAAAAACACACUGAUCGUUUA